GGUCUGCACUCUCUCUUCUCACCGACGACAAUGAGAAGCGUCGCAAAUUUCGAAAGUUCCCGCUUCCCCCCUCUCCCAAAAUUCCUUAGAAUCUCACUGUUGUUCCCUGAGAUGGCUCGAACUAAGCAAACAGCCAAGAAGUCGACCGGAGGCAAGGCGCCGAGGAAGCAGCUUGCCACCAAGGCUGCUCGUAAAUCAGCACCGGCCACUGGAGGAGUGAAGAAGCCUCACCGUUUCAGGCCAGGAACUGUGGCUCUGAGAGAGAUCAGGAAGUACCAGAAGAGUUCCAGAGCAGUGCAGUCGUUGCUCUCUAGGAAGCUGUCGAGGCGUAUCUCGUGGGGCUCUUUGAGGAUACCAAUCUCUGUGCCAUUCACGCUAAGAGAGUCACCAUCAUGCCCAAGGACAUUCAGCUUGCUAGGAGAAUUAGAGGUGAGAGGGCUUAGAGGCGUGGUUAAUUAAUGUAAUCCAAUGGAUAUCUGACUUUUGCAUUUGCAAUCGAUUUGUACCUAGAAAUCUCCUACUAUGUGGAUCCAUUUUUAUCUUGAAAUGAAAGUGAUGUACGUCU